AUGUAUACAGAAACAGGGGCAAACAAAGUCUCGGGCGCCAACGCAAGACAAUCACUAGGGGAAAUAAGAAAAGGUCCUGUGCUCGCUUAUCUAAGAUGGGUAAAGCCCAUAGGCAGUCUCACCAAGGAAACAAGCGACAUCAUCGAUGGCAGCCGUGUCGCUGGUCUGGCGAAUGUGAGAGCGACUGUGAGAGCGACUGUGAGAGCGACUGUGAGAACGACUUUAACAAUCCGUCGACUCGUCUCGAUACUGGAUCCGGUGCAAAUGAUCCCUGGCAGCCCGAGCAGGUCAUCGCUCUCCACUCACAUGGUAGCGCAGGACCGGGGCCUUAUCACGGGCAGGAACCCCACGGUGCACUUCUCACGUCCUGUUGUAUCGUUCCAUCUUCCGGGAAUAUUUGGGAAGAUUGGGAUGGCUGCCAAGGUCGUAUGUUUUGAUACAAUCGAGGGCAUUGCAACAAUAAAUGAUGGCGAGAAGCGGAAGGCGAAUAUUGACGCUCGCACAAAUCGUAUAAACUCUUGA